AUGACCCUGUCCGGGAUCCUGCAGCUCCUGCUCGAUCCUCACUCCCCUCAUGUCCAGCCAUCCGUCACCGUGAGAGCUGUGCCUGCAGAGCCGUGCCUCUCCGCGGGCUCCCCAGCACACCCUCCCUUCAUGGACACAGACCUUACGGCAGAUCUUCUUCUUGUAAAACCUCCAACGUCCCUGGACACUUUUGCUAUUCAGAAUUGCCCUCCAACAGACUCCGGCCACCAGUCUCCUACACUGUCAUCUGGAAGUCCAAGCAAAACAAAAGAAUCUGAAAUAGCUAAAAUUUGUGGGGAAAAUUGUUGUCCUCAUUUGAGACCUUUUAUUAAAACUGAAUAUAAUUACAUUAAUGAUGAAGACACGGAUCCCCACAUAACAACCAAACAAACACCAUUCAGCGCUACCGAAUUAGCUAAAUUGAAAAAGGAAUUCGGUCGCCUCCCCCACGAAUCAGAAACAGAAUAUGUGUUCCGUGUUUCUCUCACUGGUGGAGACCAGAUUAAGUUAACUGAACAAGAAGCCAGUGGUUACUGGGGACACGGUGUUUUCCUAACAACGGGAGAUAAGCGUGACUCCUGGUCUCUAACACAACGUGCAGCCUAUUGGGCUGGAGGAAUAAAUCCCCUAGAAAGGGGUGAUCCCUUAGCAAUUGCCACUACCCCUGACCAAAUCCUAGAAAGUGUACAAAAAGCUGCAUGUUUGCAAAUGAUUCAUGAGAAAAAAUUAAUUCCUGGUUUUGAAUCCCCAAUGCAAUUGCCUGUGAAGCCUGAAAUUAUGACCCCUUUAAUUCGUGGGCUUCCAGAAACACUGAAAUCAACCGCAAUCACUAUUCAGAAAACAGUUAUGGCUCUAAGCCCAAUAGAUAGAUUAGAAAGACUUCUUAGCAACUCCACUGAUCAGUCUGAAUCCACUGACACUGCACCUUCACCCUACACACCAACACAGGCUCCCACAACACCAUCUGAUACAUCUAACAGUAACCGCAAGAUUUGGACAUGGGGUGAGGUAGCAGUUGAUUUAAUAAACUAUUGUAGACAGUAUGGGCCUGUAAAAACCCUGGAAGAAAAAUCUGAAAAAACAAAAGGUGUCCGGUUUAUGGGAACCCCUAACGCUGAAAACAUAGAACCAAGAAAACAGAUUUCCAACAGACAACGCUGGUGGAUGCUGGGAAUAAAGAAAGGGGUUCCCCGGGACAUAAUGGAUGGUUUACCACUUGAAAAAUUGCAGAAAAUCAUAACUAACUGGAAUUUUAGAAGGACAAAUACCCAGCCCAGUGCCCCGAUCCCCCUCCCUCACCAGAAACUAACAAAUACUCCUACCAGUACACAGUUCAGUACACACAAUACAUCACAGUCUUUCACACAGAACACAAGCAAUGAGCCAAAGUUAACCCUUUCACAGUCUCUUCCUCAGAACCUGGGCAGUGAAGCUGCAUCUCAGCCUCUCCCACAGAACACAGCCAGUGAGCCAAAAUUAACUCUUUCUCAGCUUCUUUCACAGAACUUGGACAGUGAAACCCUGGCUGCGUGUCUCCUGAAAAGCACCAGCAGUAAGCCGGAAGUAACUCUUUCGCAACUUCUUUCACAGAAUCUAAGCAACGUAACUGCCCACCCGCCCGUGCCCCAAAUCACAAACAACGAAACUUCACCAACAGAGCUUUCGGGAAACUAA